AUCUGAGAGAGAAAAUGUUGCUUGACGAGAUGUGUGUUUUACGGUUCCUUUAAUUGCUCUGUUUGUUCGGCUGAUGAAAUGGACAUAUCAUUAGAAACGAGGAAAAAAAGUACUAUAAAUGGUUACUUUUUAGCGAAUUUUUCGAGAUUUUCGAUGUUUUCUCAGUGACUUUCUCAGCUGCCAAACAGAGCCGUGCGUUGUGUUUGGGGUCAAUUCUUGCAUAGAUCUCUUCGUUUCGUUGAAAGGAGCGGAAUUGAAAUGAUACAUUGUGGUUUUUGUCAACGAAUUUCAGCUUGUUCUGAUUCUAUUCAAUUCUGAGUCAAUUACUCCCUUUGUUCAAUUCCUUUUGAACUCUUGAUAAACCCUAAAUCCUCUCUUUCGAGGGACUAAACGAAAUUUGAAAGAUUUGAUGGCUUUAAGAACCGAGCUCAGAGGUGUUCUGAAACAGAGCCAAAGGGCUACAAAGAUAGCGGAUGGAAAGGAGGAGGAGAAAAGAAGAGACACAGACAAUGAGAUACCGUUGGCCGGAUCGGAUGUUUCAGGGCAAAGUCGCAAGGAAUGCGUCACUGAAAGCUUCAAGCGAGAUGAUGAGCUGAUCAAAUACAUGUCGAAGUUGCCAGACUAUCUCCAACGUGAAGAGAGAAGAGGUAAGGCAUUGAAUAUUGGAGUUCUGGAUUGGGGAAGCUUAGAGAAAUGGAAGCAUGGCCAGAAAUGCAAUAAUGCAUCUUCCAGUGGUUCGGAUACAUCCGUGAAAACUGACAGAAAUGUGUCAACUAGAAAGGUUGCCAAGGUCGGUGAACAGUCCGCAACUUGUUCUAAUCUCAGUAAUGAUCACACUUGUCGGGUUUUAGAACGUUCUGUUCGCAGAAUUCGAUGCACUCAGGAACCUGUGUCAGUUUCAACGGAUUCAUUAAAUAAGCAGCGAAAAGCAGGCUUCGGUCGUAAGCCCUCUGGCAGUGAAACACAAUCGAGUCAGGAUCUCGGUUCCAGUGUGUGUUUAGACAUGGGAAACUCUGGCGCGUCAGUGAGCCUGAAAAGAGGGGAGGUAAUUGAUUCAGUUACUGAUCAGCCUGUGAGGUCCAACAAGCUUAGUCUUGAUUCAGUGGACAAACAGAGAUUCAAGAACGAUGGAACACGGAAAUUCGCUGGUGGAUCUCAAGAGGCAGAAGCUGGUUUUGCUCCCAGAAAACAGGAGAAUCGGUUUGGCAAUGUUCUUCUCGGAUCCAGAACACACACCCGAAGUGCUCUUACAGGGGAGUUCCUGAUGUCACAGGAUGAUAACUGGCAAGAAGCAAAGCUGGAUGAAUUCUCCUCUUACUUCGUCAACGGAAGUAAAUACUCCACAGAACUAAGAUGUCAAAUUCCUUGUUCUCUCCCGCUGUCCCUUGAUUUUGAGAAGGAUUCCGAAUCCAUAAUGGCGCCUCUUUGCGUUGAUCUCUCAUCGGAUAAAUGCACAAAUGAGCUGUUUGGCAGAAAGCAUUUGAAGACAGCAUCAAAGAUAACUGGUCAGGAGGAACCUGAGGAGGAACCCAAAAGAAGCAGACACCCUUCACCUGGUAAGCGGUUUAGUUUCAGCUUCAGUCGUCUCAGCAGGAGUUUCAGCUUCAAGGAUGAUUCAGCUAUCCAACCUUUGAACUCUGAUGAUUCCGUUGAGUCUGAUCCCGUGAGAUUUGAUGGUCCACCAAUGCCGAUGAAUCCAGAAAAGACUAACAUGCACACUGGAGUUCGAGCUAGCUCUCUGAGACGGCUGCUUGACCCCUUACUGAAGGCCAAAGGCUCUGAAAACGCAAAAGCAAGAUCGUCUUCUUCCGUUCUAAAGUCUACAGACAACAAUGUGCCACUUAUAGAUGAAAAGAUGCAGAAGGAUACGUCGGCAAGAACCACCCGAGCUUUUGUUCAGCUUACAGUCAGAAAUGGGGUCCCUCUCUUUCAAUUUGUGGUUGAUGAUAACAGCAGAAGUAUCCUUGGAGCUAUUAUGAACAGCUCGGUUUCAUGGAGCAAGGAUGAUUCCGUACGGUACUGCACGUUCUAUUCCGUCGACGAAACGAAAAAGAAAAAGAGAGGGAGCUGGCUAAUCCGUGGAAACAGAGAGAAACAACGGGGGUUUGUCUACAACAUGGUUGGAGAAAUGCGGCUGACCGAACAGAAAUCAAGGAACCACUUGUGUCUUGUGAGGGAAUCGGUUCUGUUCGAGUCAGACCAAGAGACAGAGAAAAGGAAAUCAAGAAGGGAGGUAGCUGCGGUGGUGAUGACAGAAGAUGUGAUUGGGACAGAAACGAGGAUCAUAAUUCCGGUGGGGGUGCAUGGUUUAGGGAACGAAGGAAGGCCUUCACCGCUGAUAGAAAGGUGGAGGAGUAACGGGAUAUGCGACUGUGGAGGGUGGGAUAUCGGAUGCGGACUCCGUCUCCUCCUCUCCAGCCAAAGAAGACUCUUCCGAGAAAGCUUCCAACUCCUUGAUCAGAACAAGCUUGCGGGCUUCACGAUGAAGCAGAUGGAGGAGGAGGGAAGGUACAGGGUGGAGUACGAUAGGAUGUUGUUGACGCCAUUACAAGCGUUUUUCAUAAGCGUGACGGUUAUAACAUGCGAGAAAGAAGAAGAGCAGCGGCAGUGUGAUGAGGAGUUGUCUGAACAGGAGAAGAACAAGAGGAGCUCUCUCUUCAAUCCGCCACUCUCACCCGUUGGUAGAGUCUAAUAUCAUCAUCACACACCGUCUGUUGAAAAACUACGUACCACUCCCACUUGUAUAUACGAGCUAUAAACCCACACUUUGUCCCCUACUACUACCGCUACUAUCACGCGUUUUAGCAAUAGGCACUUUAUAUAUAUAUAUAUAUAUAUACAUACAUUGGAAAAUGGGCGUAAUCUCUCGAGCCACAUAGUUUUUGGUCCAUUUUGGUAACAGAAGGAUAAGAGGCCCAAUUGGGAUGAACCAAACCCAAUUAGAAAUACCAAUUAUGAAAACUAGAC